AUGGCCGACGCAGGAGUCGACAUCGCAGAGCUCACAGAAGAGCAGCAGCAAGCGCUUCAACAAUUCACCGCAGUUACAGAUCAAGAGAUUAAGGAUGCCGUACCCUUACUGCAGCGGUGCCAGUGGAAUGUUCAGAUUGCGAUAGCCCGCUUCUUCGAUGGCGAGCCCGCAGAUGACCUUGUCGCUGCCGCUGCCGCCGCCGCCGCACCGCAAGAUACGCGCCGACAAGAGACGCUCAUGAACGGCUUCGCAUCGCCGCGCUCGUCCACGUCCAGCCGCCCUUCACGGAUAGAACCUGCGCCCCGCGUGGUCCCCCAGCCAGAGAACCAAGUCGCUAUUCGGCCCCCGCUGCUCCUCGCGAUCUUCUUUGCACCCUUCAGUCUCGUCUGCUCCUUGUUCUCACGAUGGUUUCGAUUUGUAGGGUGGAUGUUCCCACCGUUAACACGACUCUUUGGAGGAGGAGGAGGGAAUGCUGCGGUGGCGGGCAGGCGGGGCGCGACUGGUGGGCGAAGGCCAUUGAACCCGAGGGAUACGGCGGCGCGAUUCAUUAGAGAAUUUGAGGAAGAGUACGGGGAGCACAGGCUACCUUUCUUCGAGAACGGGUAUGCACAGGCGUUUGAUCUGGCAAAGAAGAAACUCCAGUUCCUGCUGGUCAUCCUGGUUUCACCCGAGCACGAUGAGACGGCAUCAUUUAUCCGGGAGACGCUACUUUCGCAAGAGGUGGUGGAUUUCAUUCGCAACCCGGACAACAACAUCAUUCUUUGGGCAGGCAAUGUCCAAGACCCGGAAGCCUAUCAGGUGUCCACGUCGCUGAACUGCACAAAGUUCCCCUUCGCCGGCCUGAUUGUACACACGCCGCAAGUCUCCUCCACAGCUAUGGGUAUCGCCACGCGCAUCACCGGCCCUACGCCUCCAACGCAGUUCAUCUCUAAGCUCCGACAAGCCAUUCAGACGCACAGCGAGCCUUUGACCCGCGUCCGUGCGCAGCGCGCAGAGCAACAAACCACACGCAACAUCCGCGAGCAACAGAACUCCGCCUACGAGCGCUCCCUCGCCAUUGACCGCGAGCGCGCGCGAAAGAAGAAGGAAGAAGCAGAGCGCAAAGCCCGUGAAGAGAAAGAAGCACUCGAGCGCCAACAAGCGACCGAGUUGCACGCAGAAAAGCUCGCCCAGUGGCGCAAAUGGCGCUCCUCUUCCAUCGCCGCCGAGCCUCCUGCCACUGAAAAAGAAGUAGUUCGCAUCAGCCUCCGCAUGCCGAAUGCCGACCGCAUGGUCCGCCGAUUCGCAACGGAUGCACAUAUCGAGGAGCUCUACGCUUUUGUGGAGUGUUACGAUGUACUGCAGACUGGCGAAAGUACGGAUGGUGUACAAGAGCCGGAGAACUUUGAGCACGAGUACGAGUUCCAGCUCGUAUCACCUAUGCCGCGCGAAGUGUAUGACCUUAAGGCCGGCGGUACCAUCAGGGAGCGCAUCGGACGGAGCGGAAAUCUCAUCGUCGAGCGAACGAAUGUAGAGUCGGACGAUGAGGAAGAGGACGAGUAA